AACAUCAUGUCGUACGGCGCAUCGCGUUACUUAUUUCCCUCCGCCAAAUACCGCCCUACAAUGGGUAGAUAAAACAUUGCUAUGGAAUUCUUCACGCGGCUGCUCGGGGGUCAGAGGAAGCAGGCCGCCCCCAAUAAUCCGCAACAGCGUCUGGCACGCUUCAAACAGAGAUACAAUAGUAUUCUGCAAACAUGGCAAAAGACACAGACACUAGCCACCGACCGCGAGGCCUUAGGGAAUAUCAGACGCGGCUUUCAGGCCUUAACCGCAAUCCUAAACGAUGAAUCUCGAUCCCCCGCCCCCCAUCUAUGCUUGAGUUUCGCUGCGGCUCAACAAAUAUAUACUGCUGUUUCCAAGAUUGCUGCGACUUCCCAUGAUGAAGGUAUGGUUCGAGAUGCGGUUGCAGUAUACAGUGCUCUCAUCGACAGCGAAGAGGAGGACUUCUUAGAAAACGAUGUCUUCGCGGCAUCUCUCAUGAAUUUCAUCGGUCGCACAGUGGGUUCUAGUAGCAUGGGCGUAGGGGAAGACAUCGAGGCCGACAUUGUCGAGUUGUUAUUUGGGAUCACCACCAAGAUCAGGUUGCAGCCCGAAAUAUUGCCUGUUUGGUUUACAACAACCUCAUCAGAUGCGAAGGAGCGUGCCGCCGUGCAAAAGGUUGAUUUUGCUGGUAUUACACAGAAGGAGGAUUUCCCUCUCUGCUAUCAGCUGAUCGAUCAUGUCCACCACGAGGGCCGUAUUGGCGACUUUGCGCGAACAGGCUUACUGUACAUCUUUGAGUCUGCAUCCAAGUCUACGACUCUUGAGCAGUGGAUCGUUAAUAGUGAUCUUCCCACAUUCAUGGCGACUGGAUUAGGCGCUUUGUAUAGCCAACUGAGCAGAAAAUUGUCGAUUUUGCAUACAGCUGAUACGGAGGAUCUACCCCUGAUCCUGAAGCUAUCUGACUAUCGCGAAAUGCAAGCCAAUCCUCAAGCUGUCAGCUUUUUCUCUGAAGAUUUCCAGGGCCACAUGGCAACGUUCCUUUCAUAUCUUGCUUUCUGGCAAGAUGUACUUGAGCAUUGCCGUUCAGUUGAUGUUCGGCUGACCUUGAUCGACCACUUCCAGAUUCUUUUCCUUCAGCAGCUAUUAUACCCAUCACUUCUUGAGUCAUCAGAUAUUGAUGGUGGUUCAUCUGUUGCUGUUCUGACCUACCUACGCCGUAUCUUAGACGCACUUGAUCAUCCGGAGUUGAUCCAUAUGAUCUUGCACUAUCUUCUUGCUUUGCCCGACUUUCAUUCUACAUCUACUAGAACUCCUAAAUCGCCUGCAGCUCUGAAGAGACAUCAGUCCCUCUUGUUGCUGCAAGCCCCAGAUAAAGACGAGGAAAAGAUGAAUCCGUCUCUGUUCAACCUGGUUGACCUGGUGUUGGGUAGCACGGAUUCUCAGGAUUCUCAGACGGUCAUUGCAGCUUUGAAAUUGACUACGGUCAUCCUGGCUAAAAACCAUGGCUACGCGCUUGGUUCUCUCAUCAAGUAUAUGGCAGUUCAUCACAAAGAGCCUUACCGCACCAUCGGCGCGCUGAAUGUCGAGACUGAGCUCUACCUCAGCAUCGCUAUCAGCUUAGCUGGGGAAAUUGGUGUCGAUGAAGCUUAUGAGAAUCACCUGAAGGAUAAAUUAAGCCUGCUAGAAGGUCAUCCGUGCUCACUGAAGGCACUUGCGUUGCCUAAUACAACGACGCAGAAUGCCGCAUACCUAGACGGAGAUGUAGUAGCUCGGGAGGUAGAGCAGCAUUACCUGAUGCCCGAAGAUCCUCUCUAUCAUUCGCUCCUGAGCCAGCUUUUGAUGUUCCUUACGAACGAUGUUGAGACAAACCUUGCAUUGACGGAAGUGAUAACAACUCUUGGGAGUUGUUCCCAGCUUCGGCUCGAAGGCUGGCUCUCUGUUGAUCCUGCAGAAUAUGUCUUUCAGGAGGGCGAGGAUGAGCUUGCAGACAUAACAGAUGACGUAUUUCGCAAUAUGUAUCGAGCUAACCGACGUCCAACAUGGAGUCCAUCAGCCGCACCUCAACUUCUAGCCUGCCUUCAGCAGCUGGAGUCGCAAGUUGAGGCACUCCGUGCAGAUAUUCAGGAUUGGGACGAACAUGUUGCUAACCGAAAACAUGUCUUCCAAACAUAUGAAGAAAUGUCUGAGGUAUCGAAGAACCCAAAUACAUCUGUCAAGCAACCCACUGAGCCACCUCCCGGAUCUUGGACUCCACAGAUACCAAAGCAUCUGAUGGAUAGCUCCACAACACCCUCAAGAGUAUCAUCUCCUCGGGGUAGAAAGGAAGGCUUAGAUGCGAAACAUACUCCAGCUUCGUCACCAACGCCAUCAAGAUUAGGUAGACAAGUUCUUGGCGGGUCUCCACGUGGAACGUCUCCAUUACCAGCACCCCAAGCCGGCAAGCGCCAGACUACCUUUAUGGCCGAUGUCCUUUCUAAUCUCGCUGAUGUCAAUAACAACCCAAAUCUUAAGCGCCGUAUACGGUUCCGAAAGCCAGCUGGGUCCCAAACAGUUGAGGUGAUGCUGUCCAAGUACCAGCCUCCACCCAAAGAGCCAACGGAGGACGAUGAUACAGCAGCAGUGGCUGAAGAGGAGGCGGACGAUGUGAGAGAAGCCAGUCUCGGGCACAUCAUUACAAACGUUGUCAUUUUACAAGAGUUUAUACUGGAACUAGUAGCCCUUCUUCAAGUCAGGGCGAGCUUGUUCGGCGAGGUACGCCAUGCAUAGGCGGAUAUAGUGGUUACCAAUGUAUAGGUAGACUCCAUGCAUGAGAGCCCUUCUAUUUAUGACGCAAUUAUACCCCUUCUACUCUCCCCAUAGUCUAGCGAAAGGGCGACAUUAUCAUUGAAAGCAUAUAUUCUGUUGUUAAGCUCAAUCCAUGAUAUCAUUAG